AGUCACUAGAGGAUUGUGUUUUCAGCCACCGGUAGCUUGUGGGUGCUUUACAUCUGCUACAGUUAAUGACUGCAUGUCUACUUAUUAACUAUAUAAAUUAUUAAUAUACACCUACUGUAUGAUAGCAAGCAGACAUCACAAAUUGAAUUAUGGGGCAUUUCAGGCCCUGAAGUGAAUAAUUGUACACUCCAAACUCCAUUAAAAACGAGGGCUGAGGGGCUUACAUCGCAAACUUCCUUUGCUUGGCUAAUCAUUUGGACCAACGACAAAUAUGGCCGCGGGGAUUCCCAUAAGGGAAUAAGGAGAGGAUACAUGGCCAUAAUUUACCCUUUGAAACCAAGGCUGUCCUCCACAUCCACCAAGAUUGUGAUUGGUCUCAUCUGGGCGGUGGCAUUCUCCCUGGCUUUCCCCCAGUGCUACUACUCUGUCACCCAGCAUUAUCCACCACGGACCAUCUGCAUGGUCAACUGGCCUGAUGACUAUGGUGGGAAACACCAUCUCACAUACCAGAUAGCUAUGAUCAUACUGAUCUACCUGCUCCCCCUGCUGGUGAUGUUGAUCACCUACAGCCUUAUUGGUCAGACACUGUGGGGCAGUGAGAUACCAGGGGAGGCCUCAGAUCACUACCAGAAUCAGAUCCAGGCCAAACGCAAGGUGGUGAAGAUGAUGAUAGUGGUGGUGAUGACCUUCGCCCUGUGCUGGCUGCCCUACCACAUCUACUUCAUCCUGGGCAGCUUCAACAAGGAUAUCUACAUGCAAACGUACAUCCAGCAGGUAUACCUGGCCAUCUUCUGGCUGGCCAUGAGCUCCACCAUAUACAACCCCAUCAUCUACUGCUGCCUCAAUCAAAGAUUCCGCUCGGGGUUCCGUCACGCUUUCAGCUGGUUACCCUUCAUAAAGGUGUCGGAGGAAGACAAAAUGGAAUUGCAGCACACACAGACCUUCAGGAUGACACGCAGCUAUCGCACUGAAAACACCAAGGGCACUGUGGUCUGCCAUAACUCCACCCAACAUGAUGACCACACCACAGUCAAGCUCAUGAAAUGCUAAGGACACGAGGACAUGCUCAAGCUCAUGAUGACAGUUGCUAGGAGAAGUCAAGUGAAACAAAUCAUGUUAUGAUUGUGUACAGUCACUCUGUCACGCCAAAUACCUCACAGAUGACUGUUAAUCCAGGAGGAGAAUGGGUUCCAGGAGAAUGGGAAGGAGAACUCCCAUGGCAUUAGCACCAGGCCUUAUAUGUUGCUGUGUUUAGGUAGUGAUAUUAUUUGUGUUGUUUUAGCAUAAUAUUGGUAUAUGUUGUGUGUUACCUGGCUUUGUAGACCAGAUUGUGAAACAUGCAAGUGAACCCACUUGUAAAUAUUUGCUGAAAUAUAAAGUAACUGAUAAGAGACUGAUAAAUGAACACACUUUAUUAAUAGUACACAAAUUCUAUGUGAUAUUUAAACUACACAGAUUAUUUUUCAGCUCACCUCUGAAAUAUGUUACCACUGUAGUCCUAGUUCUCCAGUAGAAUAUAUUGCAAUCUUUUCUACAGUAAUAGAACUGUUACCAAAAUCCACACAACGGAACUUGACUUGUAAGAGGCAACAUUUUAAUAGUUUUGUGGCAAGGGGAUUAAAAGAGUUAAAAAGAGUUGAAAGAGUUCAAGUACCAUUCAAAAGUUGACACACCUACUCAUUCAAGGGGUUUCCUUUAUUUUUACUAUUUUCUACAUUGUAGAAUAAUAGUGAAGACAUCAAAACUAUGAAAUAACACACAUGGAAUCAUGUAGUAACCAAAAAAGUGGUAAAAUAUAUAUUUUAUAUUUGAGAUUCUUCAAAGUAGUCACCCUUUGCCUUGAUGACAGCUUUGAACACUUGGCAUUCUCUCAACCCUAGAAUGAGUAGGUGUGUCCAAACCUUUGACUAGUACUGUAUAUGGGAUAGCUGUAGUGUCCCAUAGUGCACAUGUUGGCAGCUAUGGUGUAAAAUGUUGAAAAUAAUCUUUAACAAGUGUUUGCCAGUGCAAGAUGGUCCAAUUAAAAUAGUAUUGGAGUACAGUAGCCGUAUACAUUAUUCAAUGGUUCUCUGAAAUCAGAAAAAAGACUUUCAACACAUUGUUUAGAACACGAAAACAGUCAAAAACAAAUCAUGUGAAUUUUAAAAGGAUAAUGUAAUAUGUGGUAACUGUUGCCUUUGUUAAAUAUCACAGUGCAUAUUUAAUUUUUGUUUUGUGCCCUAGACUACUCUUUUUCAUGUUGUGACUUGUCAUGUGCUCAAAAAAUUAAAUUGUCAGUUAUAUCUCA